GUUGAUACGCGCAUUUUGAGCAUUUCUACCCGAAAUUCUGUACAUUUGUUGUAUUUUGUUACAACAUACGUCUGUACAAUAUGCUGACAAGAAAUGGAAGUUUCAAGAGCUGGCAUCCAAGUGGAGCAGUUCUUCCAUUUUAGCUACUGGCAGCAGUGACAAGCAGUGGAAUUCUUAAAGGCAGAGUAUCUCAUCCAUUGGAAUUCUAAGGGUUGGUGUUUUUUCACGAAUAUGAGACUUUAGAACACUGCACUAAAAGUCAUAAUUGACCACAAUCAUCAUGUGGUUCCCCAGCCAACAUGAUUCCCACAAUUCUGUGUGGCCGCGCCCUACACGUCUCUGGUGCUCCAACCUCCAGGACAAAAGAUCUCCAAUGUCCUCCUCUUGUGAGCUCUUCGGUAAAAAGUCGGGUGUCAGGCGAUCAUACAGUGGCAGUCGACUACCGAGUUUAUCCGCUGAUAUCGAAGGCAGGUUUGUACGAUCACAGAGUCUGUACUGCCAGCCUGGUAGUGCGACACAGAGUUUCGCAGACAGAGAUAGUGGUUUUCUCGGUGCCUGUGGCAGCAAUGAACUGAGCUUGGAGAAUACUUGUGACAGCGACCCUGAUGCUUUGGAACGAUGGCGGAAUGCAGGUUUGGCUUUGCACAGAAUGCUCACUAAAACAUCACCCUGCAAACAGAGUAGGUCAGGUCACUCCAGGAAAAGAUCAAAGUUCAAGGUUGAAUUUCCUAACAGCAGUGAAAACAUCUGUGGUAAAAAUGUCCGUGAGAGUGUUCGUACUUCAGAGUCUUCGGGGAUGGAACAUCUUCGCCGUAGUACAACAGAAACACCAUGUGCUGCCAAGGGUCUUAGAUCCCGGUCGGUUCAAGAUAUUUGCUCAGUCCACAAGAAUGACAAAGACAAUAUAGAUAGUUUUUUCAAGAUGUCUUUCAGGCAGCGUCUUCUUUCUUCUAGUCCAGAGUUGGAGAAGAUGUUUCCGAAAAUGUUUGAGUCGUUGACCAAUGAAAAAAAUGAUGUUCACAACAACAUUGUUUGUCAGAGUCCCAGGGACGCGUCAUCAAUACCUCAGUCCAAUCAUCACUGUAUGACUGAUCCAGGCUGCUCUUCACGCGACCAGACCUCCUCUCAGCAAUCUGAGAAUGCAGAUUAUAAAUCUGUUCCAAGGCCAACAAGUCUUGCCAUUAUUAACACAAAUACUCAAAAUUUUGGUCUGUCGAAAUCGCAAAACAUUCCGAAUCCGAUAGAUAAAUCUCAAGAUGUUCUGAUGGAUUAUCGAUCUGUUUUGAAUAAACUAGAUUCUACAUGUACCUCUGUCAAAAAUUGUAAAUCUGGAAAUGUUGCUAUGAAUUCGGGAGAGAUCAAAAGCGAAGUUGUCUCUUCUGACGACGAUAGUGGUGUUAAUGUUAACAGAUGCACUAUACGGACUGAAUCCAUUGUGUCUUCAAAAGUCAAAAUACCUACAUGUACUGAGUCAAGCAGUAGAUCAUCACCGAGUACAAAUAUUACAUGUUCUGAAUCCCUAACUGUACCUUCGUUAAGUAAUCAUAUUACAACUAUUAUGUCAAAUGAGUCUUAUGUAGCUAAAACCUCUACACAUACUGAAUUGGACAAUUCUGCCAGUGUGUAUAAAUUCCAUACAUGUACUGAGUCUGAUUUUGAGACCUGUUCAAGCUCUUCAGAUGAAGAUGUAAAACAGAGCAGUAGUUUCCCAUCAUGCAUUUCACAGCAGAAAUCAGCUCUAAUACAUAAAGAGGACCAGGAAUCACAUAGAUGUGACUCUUCACAAACAAGUGUGUGUAAUUCGUACAUGUAUCCAUGUGCAUGUUCCUGUGCCUUUUGUUUGCCUCAUUUUUCUGCAAAGUCUUUGAAAAAUGUGGACUUCAUUUCAACUAGUGAAACCAAACCUGGCUUUCUGGAGUCCGGUUCAUGUGCAAUAAAGAAGACUAUGUUAAAUAAAGAAUAUAGCGCUUCAUCAAACCAAGAUACCUCUGUGGCCAUGGGAUUGUGCAAUACAAACACCCCAGGAUACAUUUUUAAUGAUUGUCUUUUUUGCCAGUCAGCUAACUGUGGUAUGUGCAAUAAUCAUAUACAUUCUGGUAAAUCCAUACAGUCGGAUCUGAACAAAGCGUGCAAUAUGAAUAUGUCUCCACCAAACUUGUACCAGCAUUCGAGGUGGAAUGUUAAUUCAAGACUCACAUUUAAGUGUGAGGAUUGUUCGUGUGGUUCACAGAUUUUGAAUUCUUCACAUCUUGAUGAAAACGAUGUUUGUCUCGAUGCUUUUAGGGAGAAUAGUGAUUUAAGAAACUGCACAUCUUUACAGAGUGUGAAAGAGGAGACUGUUUCAAUUGAAUUUCCUAAUUCACAUUAUUGUGAUAAUGGUGAAGAUGAGUUGGACACAAGCAGACAACAUGUUACAUGUGGUGAAACUCUGGAACCUGUUCGUUGGCAGAAAGGCUAUCCAAGAAAUUUGCUUCAGGAGGAUUUGGAAAAAGCAUCGGAGAUGGUUGUUGGUGGAUUUGGAUUGGUGAAUGCAAACUCAAGGUCACAUCAGUGUGUAAGUCUGUGUACUUGUGAAAGAUGUGGAGCAAAUUUUCUAUCAAGAGGGGGAAGUGGAGAUUUCCAAUCAAGGGAGACAAGUGGAGAUUUCCUAUCAAGAGACACAAGUGGAGAUUUCCGAUUUCCGAUAAGUAGAAGUAGAGAUUUUCGCUCAAGGGAGAGAAGUGAAAAAUAUGGAGAACGAGGAGAUUUCCAAUUAAGGAAGAUAAAUGAAGGAUGUGUAGAAAGUGAAGAGUUCCAAUCGAGGGAGACAGAUUUGUGUAGUUCUGUGGAACUGGAGUUCAGGAAUGUAGGCAGUUCAUGUACUUUACUACAAAAUGCAUCUAACUGUGCAGACACAGAUGAAAGAAAAAGUAAUCCAUUGACUACAGAGAUACACCUAGACUCUGAUCACAGUAGGUUACUGUUAAAUCCCAGUCACUCCGCAGAUGAAGAUGAUACACAUACACACAACCCUGAUCUCCAGGACAGUUGUCAAAUAUCUGAUCACAGUAGGUUACUGUUAAAUCCCAGUCACUCCGCAGAUGAAGAUGAUACACAUACACACAACCCUGAUCUCCAGGACAGUUGUCAGAUAUCUAAACUGAUGGAAAAAGUAGUUGACAACAAAUCUCCACACAGUGAUCUUUUGCAUUUUCAUCCAAUCUAUUGUUGCCGAGUUUCUGAAUCCGAUGACGCUGACUGUGAUUCGGCUCUUUCUGAUGAUGGUUACCAUGCCAACCAUUGUUGCUGUUGCUCAUCGAGCGACAGUAUGUUCCGUGGUGAGUGUAAUUGUCGUCUCACACAAGGACGACCAAACGACGUGUGUUCUAGGUCGGACGGGAGGAGACUGCGAAGGAAACGACGCAAGAAGUUGGUCCACGGUAGAAAAACAUACGAGAGGAAAGGAAGAUCAUCUUCCAAUUCUUCUGAAGUGGAGCAGACAGUGUUAUCAGAUGAAAAUAUUGGUGUUUGUUCAUCUGAUGUCGGCACUGUGGAUCCAUUCUCAACCACCAUGUUACAGCUUUACUUUUUAAGAGGCCAGUACGAAGAUUACCAAAAUGAACUCAAUGAGACGAAGGAAUCGCAGCCUUCAUCAACUGAAUACAAUAAAUCAUUUUCGGUUCAUGAGAAUUCGCUUGGGUUGUGUGAAUCUGGCAGCUUGGAGUUAUCUCCCUUAAAAGAUAUAUUCUUAAAUCCACUGUCACCAUGUCAACCUGUUAGCGAUUUUUGCUCAGUACCAGAUGUACCAAGUUGUGAUGGUGAAACAUCUCUUCUGCAUGGACAAGUGGCAGACAACUCUGAGAAGAUUGAGCGUUCUGGGUCUGUGGGGAGUUUUGGUCGGACUAUAGACGAAAUAUUCUCACCGUUUGAAGCAAUGAUCGGUGCACAUGGUUCAGAUGCAUCAAAUAAUUCAUCAGAAAGUAAUAAAGUAGCCGAUUUCUUCCGCGCUCCAGACUUGGACUACCCGUCGUCUGACAGCGGCGAUGCCGACGACGAGUUUGAGUGUGACUGUGAACACUGCCAGCUCGUCCGAGUGUCCGGACAUCCAGACCAGCUGUCUGCAGUGAUAGCCACAUCCGACCCUGGCAGUCUCGGCACAGACCCACCACAGAUCUCAAAUCCUUGGGAGACAGAGUGGACAUUUAGUGGUGACAAUGAUUUUGACGUCAGUCUGGAUGACUUCCGACCGCUGGAGCCGUUUCUACAUGGUCUACAGCAGCUACCGCAAGACCCGAUAGAACUCAUGUACCAGAAUGUGAUCAUGCAGAUGUUAACUGUUCAUCCUGAGUUGCUGGGGGAACUGGCUCCGCCUCCUGUGUCUUUGACAGUGAUUGACAAGCUGGAGGUGGUAACAGCUUCAAAAGAUAACACAGGUUCUGAAAUGAAGUGUCCAAUCUGCCUGUGCUGGUUUGAUGAGGGCGAAGAACUCACACGGUUGCCAUGCCAACAUCUUUAUCAUCCACUCUGUAUCCAAGCUUGGCUUGUCAAAUCUGGCACAUGCCCAGUGUGUCGACAUGUCCUGCAGUCCGAGUUGUAGAUGACCUGACCUGCAGACAAUCUGCCACAUAAACAGCUAGCGAUCGGUUAUAGUGUAGUACUGCAGUAUGUUUCAGUCGGAAGAAGACGACGACAACCAACUUUAAAAUUAGAAUUAGUUAGAUAUGUAUCUGUUAUAUAUUGGCUAUAUAUACCUACCUGUAUACAGUACAUGCCUCAUCAAGGAAACCAACUAGCCGUUAGUACAUACAUGACACCAAUAAAUAGAGAUUACUCUAUGAGCUUGGGUGUCAUACUGAUUUUACAAAACAAGUGUCAGGAUUUUUGUAUUGCCCGAUCGAGAGCAAUACAUAAAUCCGGACACAAGUUUCGUAAAAUCAGUAUGACUCACUCGCGAGUGUAAUGAUCUCUUUAUUAUC